AUGCACAGCGAGUUUAAUGAGGUCCGGGCUUUGAAUUUUGUUAGAGGCAAAAUUGAUCCUUUUUUUGUCCAUAUAUAUAUAUAUGCAUGUCUCUUGCUCCGGACAUCUCUCCGUCUUCCCCCACAAUCUCUGUUCUCUCUCCGAAACCCUAAUCCCUCAUCUCUUUGUGAUUAUAAAAAGUGGCUCUCUUCCUCUGUUGAUCUCUCAAUCACUAACGAUUUCUGUAAUUGUUGCAAAGCUCGAAUCAAGAUCGAUGAAGUAUCUGUAAGAGCAAACUCGAUCCAUCUUAACUGCCACUCUAUUCGAUUCAACAAUUCAAAGGUCAAAUUAUGUUUAUUUAUUCGAUUCAAUCUCUGUGUCAUUCUAUAUCUAUCUUUGCAUACACAAACACACAUAUAUUUGGCAUGA